UGGUAGUAUGUUGAUAUUUUCGCGCUAACUGGUAUUACUGGUAUAGUAAACGCCAUUCUUGUUUACCCUUGUUUAUUGUUUAAUUUAUUAAAAAAUUCAAUUUGAAUAAGUGCCUUCAAAAUGCCACCUAGAUUGAAGCACAUCGAGGUGGAGAACUUUAAGUCUUAUCGUGGAAGACGUAUUAUUGGACCUUUGAAACCUUUCAAUGCAGUUAUUGGCCCUAAUGGAUCUGGUAAAUCAAAUUUUAUGGAUGCUAUUAGUUUUGUCAUGGGUGAAAGAACACAUAGUCUACGUGUGAAAAGGCUUAGUGAUUUAAUACAUGGAGCAGCUAUUGGCAAACCAAUUUCUCGAAGUGCUUCUGUUACUGCUGUCUUCUACUUAGAUGAUGAUGAAUUGAAAGAGAAAGCUUUUCAAAGAUCAGUCCAAGGGUCUUCAUCAGAAUAUAGAAUUGAUAAUGAGAUUGUCUCUAGCCAGGAAUAUUUAUCAGAAUUAGAAAAGUUGAGGAUAAAUGUAAAGGCCAAAAAUUUCCUAGUGUUUCAAGGUGCUGUUGAAAGUGUUGCAAUGAAAAAUCCUAAAGAAAUGACUGCAUUGUUUGAAGAAAUUAGUGGAUCAGGAGCAUUGAAAGAAGAAUAUGAAAAGUGUAAGCAAGCUAUGCAAAAAACCCAGGAAGAAAUCAACUUUGCUUAUCAAAAGAAAAAGGGAUACAAUGCAGAAAGAAAGGAAGCUCGAAUUGAAAAAGAAGAGGCAGAUAAAUAUGCUCGUUUAAAAGAUGAUUUAAAUGAGAAAAUGGUUGAACAUCAGUUAUUUAGACUCUUUCAUAAUGAGAGAGAUAUGAAGAAUUUGGAAUGUGAAUUGAAGUCAAAGAUGAAAGAAGUAGAAAAGAUUGAGAGGAAAAAAGAAAAAGCCGAAGAAGUUUUAAAAGACAAAAAGAAGGAACAGAGUCGACACGGACGUGAAUUGGCCAAAAUCGAGCAAGAUAUUCGUGAAAUGGAAGUGGAAAUAUCUAAGAAAAAGCCUCAGUUUAUUAAAGCUAAAGAACGAGUAACUCAUAUGCAGAAGAAAUUGGAAGGUGCUACGAAAACGUUGGAGCAGGCUAAGAAAGCGGAUGAAGCUCAUAAUAAUGAUAUUAGGAAGUUAGAAGAAGAAUUGGCCGAGGUUGAAUCUUCUAAAGAAGAAUAUGAGUCCACUAUUGCUGGUGAAUCUCAAAGUCAAGGAAGAGAUGUCCACCUUGAAGAUGAACAAGUCCGAGAAUAUCAUAGAUUAAAAGAAGAAGCUGCUAAAAGAUCGGCUAGAUAUAUGCAAGAUUUAGAUUCUGUCAACAGGGAGCAAAAGGCGGACCAGGAUAGGCUAGAUAAUUAUUCUAGAAUGAGAACAGAAGCUGAAAACAAACACAGACAAAAAGAGCAUGAAAAGGAGGAAAUGGAAAAGCGUAUUGAGAAAUUGCUUGAACAUAUUAAGACUAGCGAACAAGCUUUAAAGGACCAAAAGAAUUUGAGAGAUUCGUUGCAAUCUGAUGUUGGAUCUUCAAAAGAUCGGGUUCAGGAAAUUCAAAAAGAAUUGGAAGAUGUUUGUGAACAGCUUGGUGAUGCUCGUACCGACAAACACGAGGAUUCUAGAAGAAAAAAGAAGUCCGAAAUUGUUAAAAGAUUUCGAGAUAAUUAUCCCGGAGUGUAUGACCGGUUAAUUAAUAUGUGUCAGCCUACCCACAAAAGAUAUAAUGUUGCUAUUACAAAAGUACUGGGAAAGUAUAUGGAGGCAAUUGUCGUUGAUACCGAACAAACCGCUAGAAAUUGCAUUAAAUAUUUAAAAGAGCAAAUGUUAGAAUCAGAAACAUUUUUGCCAAUCAACUAUUUGCUCAUGAAACCAGUGAAAGAGAGAUUAAGGAAUAUAACGGACCCUAAAGGUGUUAAACUAUUGUAUGAUGUCCUGCAGUUUGAACCUCAAGCCAUCUCUAAUGCUGUGUUGUUCGCAGCAAACAAUGCAUUGAUUUGCGAAACUCCAGAUGAUGCCAUGAAAGUGGCUUAUGACAUCGGUGGACGAUAUGAUGCUGUUGCUUUAGAUGGUACUUUUUAUCAAAAAAGUGGAAUCAUAUCUGGAGGUAGUUUGGAUUUGGCCAGGAAGGCUAAAAGAUGGGAUGAAAAGCACAUGUCUCAAUUGAAAGCACAAAAGGAAAAACUUACUGAAGAAUUGCGCGAAGCAAUGAAACAAUCGCGCAAGGAGUCCGAAUUAAAUACAGUUGAUUCGCAAAUUAGAGGAACUGAAACCAGGCUUAAAUAUGCGAAGACAGAUAAAGAGACAACGUCCAAACAAAUUAAAGUAAUUGAUACGGAAUUAACGAGGCUUUCACAAGAAAUUGCUAAAUUUGGGCCGGACAUUGAGGAAAUCGAAAGAAGUAUGCAGCAACGAGAACAGCAUAUUGAAGAAAUUAAAAUGCAAAUGAACAGUGUUGAAGACGUCGUGUUUUCAAAAUUCUGUCAAGAAAUCGGUGUUAACAAUAUCCGUCAAUAUGAAGACAGGGAGUUAAGAACACAAGAAGAAAGAAAGCAAAAGCGGUUCGAGUUCCAAAAGCAAAUUAAUAGAAUUACUAGCAACUUGGAGUUCGAGAGAAGCCGAGAUACGCAAAGUAACGUAAGCAGAUGGGAACGGACAGUAAAUGACGAAGAAGAGAGAUUGGAGACGUGCAAGAAACAGGAGCAAAAGCAGCGCGAUGAAAUUGAUAAAGACGUUAGACAAGUCGAAAGACUUAAAUCUGAUAGAUUGACGAAGAAACAAGAAUGCGAUGCAAUGGAAGAAGAGGUGGGCAAGGCUCGCAGGGAGGUUGGAACCAUAGCUAAAGAUAUUCAAUCAUCCCAAAAGAAUGUGGUUUCGUUAGAAAACAAAAUUGAAAGCAAAAAGAGCGAUCGUCAUGCAAUACUUAUGCAAUGCAAAAUGGAAGACAUUGCAAUUCCAAUGCUUGUUGGAAAUAUGGAAGAUAUUGUUCAAGAUCAAAAUCAAUCUUCUCUUGGAAGCGAAGAUACAAAUAGUACUACUCAGCAGUAUGAAAGGGAAGCAAGGAUUCAAAUCGAUUAUGAAAUGAUGUCGGACCAUCUGAAAGACCUUGAAGAGAAAGAUGAAAUUAAAAGAAUGGCUGAUAAGUUGGUCAAUUCGAUUAAAAAUCUACAAGAUACGCUUACUAAGAUUCAAGCUCCUAACAUGAGGGCGAUUCAAAAGUUAGAAUUAGCUCAAGGAAAGUUGCAAAGCACCAACGAGGAAUUUGAGAGUCUUAGGAAGCAUAAUAAGAAGACAAAAUCUGCUUUUGAAAGAAUCAAGCAGCAGCGUUACGAACGCUUCACCAAGUGUUUCGAUCACGUGUCCAACGAAAUCGAUUCCAUUUACAAGAAACUCGCUCAAAACAAUUCGGCGCAGGCGUUCUUAGGUGCGGAAAAUCCAGAGGAACCUUACUUGGAUGGAAUCAAUUACAAUUGCGUGGCACCAGGAAAACGUUUCCAACCUAUGUCUAACUUAUCCGGUGGUGAAAAAACUGUCGCAGCACUGGCAUUGCUGUUCGCUAUCCACAGUUAUCAGCCAUCACCAUUCUUCGUACUUGACGAAGUCGAUGCUGCAUUAGAUAACACCAACAUUGGCAAAGUGGCCAAGUAUAUAACGCAAAAGACCGAAUCAUUGCAAACCAUUGUCAUUUCACUGAAAGAAGAAUUUUAUUCCCAUGCAGAUGCACUCAUUGGCAUUUGCCCUGCUCCCGGUGAUUGCCUUAUUAGUCAAGUAUUAACUGUGGAUUUAACGAAAUAUCCCUAGUUAACGUUCAUUAAAUUAACUAAAGCGGACAAGGUUAA